AUGAGCAGUUCAAAGCCCAAUUUUAGUCGGGGAUUGUCUUUGGAAGACCUGGUUAACCAUGACGAGCGUUCUGAUGCGAAAGCUGGGCAGAAAUCGAAUCCUCUGCCACCCGCGGAAGUCAAACAUCGGAUGAGCGUGGAUGGGUUGGGCAGCGAGCAGAACGGCAGCGCAAGCUCUUCACGGGUGCCCAGAGAACAGAGAGGACCGAGGAGAAACGCGGACGGCGACGAGGAGACGGAUACAGACGAGGAGGUCGGAGGGCCCGGGGACAUCGUGUUCGAGACUGGGGACUUCAAGUUUGACUAUGAGAAGCAGGAGGGAGCCGGCAAAAACAGGGAUGCGCGUGCCGGGAGAGAGGACACAUCGUCUUCGUCUCCCUCCUCCAAGGCUAAAGGAGGGCAGGACGUCAAGGACAUCUUUCAGGAGAGGGCGUCCUCGCAGUCCAAGAGAAACGCUAUCAAGAAGGACCUGAACGUGCUGAGCGAAAUCGCAGCUACGGCCAAGCCCACCAGGUACAACACGGCUCCUAUCUGGGCGCAGAAGUGGAAACCUACGGUGAAGGCACUGCAGAGCAUCGACACCAAGGACCUCAAUAUUGACGCCUCUUUUACCAACAUCAUUCCAGAUGACGAUCUCACCAAGUCGGUACAGGACUGGGUGUACGCAACCCUCGUAUCCAUUCCACCGGACCAGAGGCAAUACGUUGAGAUGGAGAUGAAGUUCGGCAUAAUUGUCGAAGGAAGCGACUCAAACAGAGUUAGCCCGCCCGUUUCCUCGCAGACGGUCUACACCGACAUGGACGCCCACUUGACGCCCGACGUCGAUGAGAGAGUGUUCACAGAGAUCAACAGGUACGUCAAAGGUAUCUCUGAGUUAAGCGAAUACACCGGCAAGUUCAAUAUCAUAGAAUCGCAUACCAAGGAUCUCUUGUACCGUGUGGGCAUGUCUACGCAGAGGCCCCGGUUUUUAAGAAUGAGCAGGGAUGUCAAAACUGGACGUGUCGGGGAAUUCAUCGAAAAAAGGCAUGUCAGCCAACUACUGCUGUUUUCACCAAAGGAUAGUUAUGACGUCAAGAUAUCGAUCAACUUGGAAUUGCCAGUGCCGGACAACGACCCUCCUGAAAAGUAUAAGGACAAUACUCCGGUGAACACAAGAACAAAACAGCGUAUCAGCUACAUCCACAACGACUCGUGCACCAGAAUGGACAUCACAAAAGUCGCAAACCACAACCAAGGUGUGAAACAAAGGCACACCGAAAGCACUCACGAGAUUGAAUUAGAAGUCAACACUGCAGCGUUACUGACCGCGUUUGAGCACAUAGGGAACAAUAGCAAAGAGUAUGCUUCAAUUCUGAGGACAUUCCUUAACAACGGCACCAUCAUAAGGAGAAAACUCACGUCUCUGUCUUAUGAGAUUUUCGAAGGCCAAAAAAAGGUCUGA